GUCUAUUCUGAAGAACAAUAGCAAUGUGGCUUUUUUUCUUGUUUUUUCGAACAGUUUGUCGUGAAAGCUCCAGGUCAGGAACGGGUGCGUUGACAUGAGGUUGAAUUCUUCCUUUUUUCCUUUUCUUACUCAUUCUUCGUUUUUCUGUCAGUCCCAUUCCCUUUUGAAGACCAAUGUCGGCUAUGCGCCAUUUGCUCGACCUCUGCAAACGCAGAGGGUUUCUCUUCCAGUCUGCAGAAAUUCACGGUGGACUUCGGGGUGCAUAUGACUAUGGCCCCCUCGGUGUCGAGCUAAAACGGAGCGUCUCACAGGAAUGGUGGAAUUCAAUGGUUUAUCAGCGAUCUGAUGUCGUCGGGAUCGAUACUGCCAUCAUUACUCCUCCGGCGGUCCUCAAGACAUCAGGACACGUCGAUCAGUUCACAGACGAGAUGGUUGAUUCAAAGUUAUCCAAGGAGCGGUUUCGUCCUGAUAAGGCGCCACAGAUCAAAUUAGAUGACCAGGGUAGGAUCCCUAUCACAGCACCUGACAAGAAGACAGCUAAAUUGUGGGAACAUGACAUUAGGUCCCAGUUUGCAAAAGGCGCCAUGGUUACUCGGAAGGACAAGGAAAUCCUUCUAGAAGUAGAGCGCAUGGAGAAGAAUACAAUCGUCCUCAAAAGGGAUACAGCUGUUACUACUGUUGCCUUCGAUUCUAAUUCACUACCAUCACCUUCACCAGAGCAGGAUACUUCACUCCAGAUCCCCUAUCAUGGAUAUGUUGAUCCCAACUCUAAUUCCCCUUUCCUUACUGAAUCACGUCCAUUUAACCUCAUGUUCAAGACAUAUCUCGAUCCUAUCGACCCCAUUGACAAGGUUAUCACUACUACUCUUGACGCCCAAAAAACUCCAUCAUCAGCGGAUUUGUCGACUACCCGUCAACUCGUAGAUAAAACCCUGUACCCUUCUCUGACCUAUCUUCGCCCAGAAACGGCACAGGGUGUCUUCAUUAAUUAUAUGACUGUUCAACGAUCCCAUCCACAUCUCAAGAUCCCUUUUGGGAUUGCUCAGAUCGGGAAAUCCUUUAGGAACGAAAUCCGUUUGGAGCAUGCUAUUUUCAGGACACCUGAAUUUGAACAGAUGGAGCUAGAGUAUUUUGUGGCUCCUUGGCAGGCUCAGGAGCAAUUUACAGCCUGGAGGAAAUUCAGGAUGGAUUGGUGGAGGACCUACGCACGUCACCAUGACCGUAUCCGGGAAAGAGCGCAUUCACAAGAUGAGCUGGCUCAUUAUUCAAGAGGAUGCAUUGAUGUUGAGUAUCGGUUCCCAUGGGGUUGGGGAGAGGUCGAAGGUAUUGCGAAUCGAGGCGAUUUUGAUUUGAGUAAACAUACAGAAGCUACUGGUAUUAAGCUACAAUACACAGAUGCUGUCCUGAUGCAAGAAAGACAGGCACGUGAGAAGGCCACAGGGAUCAAAGAGACAAGCGUAGAGAUAUUGGAGCGCGAGAGAUUUACACCACAUGUCGUCGAGUCGUCAUGUGGAUUGAAUAGAGCUAUGUUGGCAUUGAUGUUGGAUGCAAUGGAGGUUGUAGAUGAGCACGGGCGAGCAGUGGUGCUGGGAAAUGAGGAUGAGGCCAACAGUGAUAGCAACAAUAAUACAAAGAAGAGCAUUGAUCUCAACAAUAGUAGUAAAGGGAUCCGAACUAUCAUGAAACUGCAUCCUCGUCUAGCACCCAUCAAGGUAGCAGUAAUGCCUUUGGUUUCCAAUAACAAAGAUCUGGUGGAUAUUUGUUCUGAUAUCAGUGGCCAGCUUCGCCAAGAGCUCCAGGUGAACGUAGCAAUGGAGACCCAGAAUACAACGAUUGGCAAGCGAUACUACCGUAUGGAUGAAAUCGGAACCCCUUGGUGUAUCACCGUGGAUUUUGAUACGCUCAAUGACCAAACUGUGACCAUCCGAGAUCGUGAUACGGGUGAUCAGAGGCGUGUUUCAAAAAAUGAAGUUCUGGAAAUUGUACGAGAUGGAUUGAGACUAUACCCUCGAAAGAAACCUCAUCCAUAAUCGGCCUUCUCGACGCCAUAAUGAAUGUAUUAAAACAUAAAAUAAAUAAAUAAAUAGAUAAAAAAAAAG